GGCGCUCGCCUCUAGCCCUGUGGAAUUGGAUCCGAGGAGGAGCUGAAAAUGCAGAUUUAGCAUCAAGCACAGACAUACACUAGCUCUUUCUCUCGGGUACACAUAGCUCCGCACAUUCGCACCCCUGCCAGCCAUCCAGGCUGCGCGACUCCACGGCUUGCCUGGUAGCCAGCUGCUGGUGGACAGAGCACAGAUUUGCUGUUUGCCAAGCUUCUCUUUUGCCUCUUUUGCUAUAAAAAGAUUUUUAAAAGAAAAACAGAAACAAAAACUACAUACCUAUUUUUUAUUUGCAUCUUCCCUCCUCGUCCCCUGCUCCACCCGCCUGCGCGCCUCGCAGCCCCACUUUUCACUCGCAAAGAAGGAUGGAGGGCGGUUGUGGAUCCCAGUGGAAAGCGGCUGGGCUCCUCUUCUGUGUCAUGGUUUUUGCGUCUGCCGAGAGACCCGUCUUCACGAAUCAUUUUCUUGUGGAGUUGCAUAAAGACGGAGAGGAAGAGGCUCGCCAAGUUGCAGCAGAACACGGAUUUGGAGUCCGAAAGCUCCCCUUUGCAGAAGGCCUGUAUCACUUUUAUCACAAUGGCCUUGCAAAGGCCAAAAGAAGACGCAGCCUACCCCACAAGCAUCAGCUGGAGAGAGACCCCAGGGUAAAGAUGGCCCUGCAACAAGAAGGAUUUGCCCGUAAAAAGAGAGGGUACAGGGACAUCAAUGAGAUUGACAUCAACAUGAAUGAUCCUCUUUUUACAAAGCAAUGGUACCUGUUCAACACUGGGCAAGCUGAUGGCACUCCCGGGCUAGACUUGAACGUGGCCGAAGCCUGGGAGCUGGGAUACACGGGGAAAGGAGUGACCAUCGGAAUUAUGGAUGAUGGAAUCGACUAUCUCCACCCAGACCUGGCCUACAACUAUAACUCUGAUGCAAGUUACGACUUCAGCAGCAAUGACCCCUAUCCCUACCCACGAUACACAGAUGACUGGUUCAACAGCCAUGGAACUAGGUGUGCAGGGGAAGUUUCUGCUGCGGCCAGCAACAAUAUCUGUGGAGUCGGCGUAGCAUACAACUCCAAGGUGGCAGGUAUCCGGAUGCUGGACCAGCCCUUUAUGACAGACAUCAUCGAGGCCUCCUCCAUCAGUCAUAUGCCUCAAAUGAUAGACAUCUACAGUGCAAGCUGGGGCCCUACAGACAAUGGGAAGACAGUUGAUGGGCCCCGAGAGCUCACACUCCAGGCCAUGGCUGACGGCGUGAACAAGGGCCGUGGGGGCAAAGGCAGCAUCUAUGUGUGGGCCUCCGGGGAUGGCGGCAGCUACGAUGACUGCAACUGUGAUGGUUAUGCUUCGAGCAUGUGGACCAUCUCCAUCAACUCAGCCAUCAACGAUGGCAGGACUGCCUUAUAUGAUGAGAGCUGUUCUUCCACAUUAGCAUCCACCUUCAGCAAUGGAAGGAAGAGGAAUCCCGAGGCUGGUGUGGCCACCACAGACUUGUAUGGCAACUGUACUCUGAGACAUUCUGGGACAUCUGCAGCUGCUCCUGAAGCAGCUGGCGUGUUUGCACUGGCAUUAGAGGCUAACCUGGAUCUGACCUGGAGAGACAUGCAACACCUGACUGUGCUCACCUCCAAGCGGAACCAGCUUCACGAUGAGGUCCAUCAGUGGCGACGGAAUGGGGUUGGCCUGGAAUUUAAUCACCUCUUUGGCUACGGCGUCCUUGAUGCAGGUGCCAUGGUGAAAAUGGCUAAAGACUGGAAAACGGUCCCUGAGAGAUUCCAUUGUGUGGGAGGCUCCGUGCAGAACCCUGAGAAAAUACCACCCACUGGCAAGUUGGUACUGACCCUCCAAACAAAUGCAUGUGAGGGGAAAGAAAACUUCGUACGCUACCUCGAGCAUGUCCAAGCUGUCAUCACAGUCAAUGCGACCAGGAGAGGAGACCUGAACAUCAACAUGACCUCCCCCAUGGGCACCAAGUCCAUUUUGCUGAGCCGGCGUCCAAGAGAUGACGACUCCAAGGUGGGCUUUGACAAGUGGCCUUUCAUGACCACCCACACCUGGGGGGAGGAUGCCCGAGGGACCUGGACCCUGGAGCUGGGCUUUGUGGGCAGUGCACCACAGAAGGGAUUGCUGAAGGAAUGGACCCUGAUGUUACAUGGCACACAAAGUGCCCCGUACAUCGAUCAGGUGGUGAGGGAUUAUCAGUCUAAGCUGGCCAUGUCCAAGAAACAAGAGCUGGAGGAGGAGCUUGACGAAGCCGUGGAGAGGAGUCUGCAAAGCAUCCUGAGGAAGAACUAGGGCCAUGCUUCCAUCUCCACCACCCCCUCCUCCCUGUUUCUGCCUCUGUCCUUGCUCCAGCAUCCUGGCAGCCACCAGCCACCCAGCAAUACCUGUUACCCCCACACAAGCCACCCCAGCCUGGUCUGCAGCUUUGCUCAGUGUCCAUGAUCCUUUUCACUACAAUGGAAGCAAUCGUUUUUAUUCUGUAGCCCAAAUAUAGCGUUCCUACCAACAUCUA